AUGUCGCUAGCACUAUCUAAAAACGUUCUAAAAUUAUCCUGGAUUCGAUGCAGAAACAUUUCGACGACUAAACAACGAUGCCGAAAAGUAACGUUGAUUGGAGCUGCUGGAGGAAUAGGAGCCCCGUGCCUUAUGCUGUUAAAAAUGAAUACGAUGAUUAAAGAAUUGAAUGCUGUUGAUAUGAAUAAAGUGAUUCCAGGAGUUGGAAUGGAUGCUUCUCAUAUGAAUUUUCCUGCAAAAACUAGAGGAUUCGUUUCUCCCGAAGGAUUACAAGAGGGUCUUUGUAAUGCCGAUAUUGUUGUUAUAACAGCGGGUGUGCCAAGAAAACCUGGGAUGUCGCGGGAUGAUCUCUUCAAAGUUAACGCUGAUAUAAUAAAAAGUACAGCGGAAUGUUGCGCGGAAGUGUGCCCAGAUGCUUUUGUCGUAAUCGUUACCAAUCCAUUAAAUUCAGUCGUCCCAAUUUUUUGCAAAGUUAUGGAAAAACAAAAAAAACUAAAUCCUAACAAAAUCUUUGGAUGCACCACUUUAGAUAACGUUAGAGCAAGCACAUUUGUUGGUCAAUUAAAAAAUAUAGAUCCCAGAGAAAUUUGUGUCCCCGUUGUGUGUGGUCAUUCCGGAGAAACCAUCGUCCCAAUUUUUUCCCAAACCAAAGGAAAAAUCAAAAUUGAACUAAAACCAAACGAAGUAGCCGAAUUAACUAAACACGUCCAAGAUGCAGGUACCGAAAUUGUCAAAGCUAAAGCUGGAGGAGGAUCAGCAACGUUAUCUAUGGCAUUCUCAGCGGCACGAUUCACUAAUAGUAUCUUAAAAGCAAUGAAAGGCGAAACGGAUGUCGUUGAAUGCGCUUACGUUAAAGCCGACAUCGCUGGUUGUAAAUAUUUUGCAACGCCGUUAAUUUUAGGACCAUGCGGUGUUCAAAAAAACUUAGGAAUCCCCGAUUUAUCAACUUAUGAAAAAUGCCUCUUGGAGAAAGGAAUCGAGUCGUUAAAGAAAAGUAUCGAAAAAGGAGAAGCAUAUGUAAAGUAA